UCAUAGUAAAAACAAAAGAUGUUGAAGCUGUAGAGGGUAAAUCAGUGUCACUACCAUGCCCCAUAUCGGCGCCAUUGGAUGAUGUUUAUAUGGUACUUUGGUUUCGUGAUAAUGCCGGCAUACCAUUAUACAGCUUUGAUGUACGAGAUAAAAUGAACAGUGACCAGGCACGGCAUUGGUCAGCGCCAGAAGUGUUUGGUUCACGUGCCAAAUUUCAUUUUGACUCUCAGCCAGCAACAUUGGAAAUUAAGGAUAUUAAACGUCAUGAUCAAGGCAUCUAUCGUUGUCGCAUUGACUUUCGUACUAGUCAAACACAAAGCUUCCGUUUUAAUUUAUCAGUCAUAAUUCUUCCAGAACAACCCAUUAUAUUAGAUCGAUGGGGUCGUCAACUAAAUGGUACAAAAUUAGGGCCAAAACAGGAAGGUGAUGAUAUUGUUAUUACCUGUCGUGUGGUAGGAGGUAAGUUUUUGCAGCUGGUAUUUCCGGACAAAUAA